AUUGCGUUUUUCAUAAGCUUGUGUAUGGAUAUUGUGUCUAUAGAGUUUUCAGUGUAUGGAGAUCAGGCCUUGAAAGCCUUCAACCUACCAACGAAAAAGUAUAGUUUGCGCGCCAAAUGAGUUUUCUGUAAGACUUGGCUGCAUAAGCAGCCAGGGACCAUAACUAUUUUGUUCAGUUCGAGUAAUUUUAUGUAUAAAUCGAUAAUUUUCUUCUCGGGACUUAAGCGUUUGUACAAAAAAAGUAAAUAAAUAUACCAAAUCCUAUGCAGACAUCGUAAGUUUUGUCAUUUAUAUAUUGCGAGUUUUAGCUCUUAGUUAUAGUUCUCUAUAUCGAAAUGAAUAAAUUGUUUGAUAAACGAGUGUUUUCUUAGAUGCUGUAGAAGUAAUUGUGGUUUAAUGAACAUUGGUGUUCCUGUAACAUACCACAAUAUCUCCCUGAAUUAGAAAUAAUAUAUUUCCUCAGUUUCCUCUGGUCUCAAUUAAAGUUCAAUUUAAAUUGCUUAUAAAUUAUCACAGACAGGAUGCUUCACGGACGAAUUGAAGAACAAAAAUAAUGCUAACGCAAAAACUAUAGUUUGAGAGAACGUUCUACAUAAUUUUUUGUUAACCAGAAUUGUUUUUUUUUGGCCAUCAAACGAUUUAAUAUGAAGAAGUAUUGGAUCCUAAUGGAAUAAUUGCCCAAUUUUCUACUAUAAAAAACACUAUGCGUAGCUGAUGUCAUUGACAUUUGCCUGACAUGAUUGAUAGCAUUAGUGUUUAAUUAAAAGACUUAAACUUGAUUUUGUUUUCUUAUACCAGUGACUAAUUCGUAUCAUGGAGAACAAAUAAAUUGACAUGGCGCAGAAUUUGGUCUCAAGAAUUAUUUCAACAUUUGUUGAGCUUAUUUACAAAAUAUGAUUGAACGAUUUUUCAGAAUUUCAUUGGAUAAAUUGUUAAAUGAAGAAAUGGAUGAACAGUUAGCCGAAUCAGCUGCUCCAAAUCCUGACGUUGCACGAUCUUUUCAAUCAUCAUUAUCCCCUAUUAAAACAGACCUUCCAAUUGCGCUAAAACAUACAGAAGAUGAAAAUGACGACGAAGAUGUUACCAAAAUAUCCAAAGACAUUAGCGAAAGUGUUAAUAUCUCGAAAAAUGCGACAGGCUCCAAAUUGAAAGAUUCUAUUCAAUCUCGCAAGGUUCUCAGAGAUACAUUAGUGCAAACGGCAGCUAAUUUCCUCAAAAACCCCAAAACAAUUAAGUCAUCAGCCGCUGAUAAAAGAUCGUUCCUUUUGAAAAAAGGUCUAACUCAAGAGGAAAUAGAUCAAGCUUUUUUCAUCAGCGGAUUCAACCAAGAUGAGUUCGAAGGUCACUUGAACGAAAAUGCGGCGGUUGAUUUGCGUAAUGGUCUGAAUAAUUUGAGCUAUUCAAAUACAAAUGCAGUUUCGAGGAACGACCGUAGCUCGAACUUGUCUAUAUUGUCAAUGCUAAGUCAGUUUUCGUUUGCGAUUUCCUUACUUGGAGGUUUAGCGUGGGGGUUGUAUCACAUGAUUCGAAGCUACCUUGUACCGUUGUUUCAAACGAGUCGGCAACUUGAAAAGAGGAUGAAAAAACAAGACAACACUCUUCAUCAGAUGAGCUUGACCCUCGAAGCGAUCAACUCACAACUUGCGCUAAAUGCCUCAGAAGUAACGAAUGACUCGUUUAAUAUGUCAAAAAGAGAUGAAGAUUUGAGAUCUAUUCUGGAAGAGCUUAAGUCCAUGAAAAAAUUGAUGCUGAGCAAAGAAAAUUUCCCACCUCCGCCCAAAAUUGAACCGAUUCCCCAGGAUUGGAAAGUUGGUCAUCGUCGGAAUCUCGAAACUAAUACGACUAAUGGAUUACCGAAUGGCAAUGCGGGGUACCAAAAUGAAGUAGAAAAUUCAUCGCGGCAAGUUGAUGACAGAAAUACGGCAUGUUUUGAGGGCGAAAAGCAGUUAGCCUCAAUGGAAAACGGAGUUGAGACUUCUAAGGCAGAACUGGUAAACGGUUUUCACGACAAGCAAAAUGGAUUGUUAGAGAGCGAAUGAAAUUGAUUCAACUCAAAGAUAGUAAACACAAAAACUUUUCUGUAUCUAGAGUUUUAUGGAGAGUUAGCAUGUCCAUAUCCUGCUCAAUUCUCGAAUAGAUAGAUUAUUAUUAUUUGAUAAUGUUGAUAA